AUGGUGAAGGUUUCUGGCCGCUUCUGUGUUGAGGUCCAGCUUGCCCCGCUACUACAGACUCACUUGGCAGAGUUGGUUGAUGGCAGCUCGCUGAAAUGGCUACUUGAGAUCUUGCAGAGAGACGGCCUAUUGCAGACAGCGCGCGGAAUGGACAGGCGUGACAUCCUGCGCUGGUGCGCACGUUUGCGCAAGGCGCAAUUGGUCUUAAGCAAAGCUCUCAGCUCUCAGUUCGAGAAGCUGGUUCAAGAAGCAUGUGAUUUCGUCAGUCCAACCUUUACGGAGGAGAGCCGUGCAGUCCUCUUACGCGAAGCGCUGCAGGUGUGUUGCUGGGCCGAGUGGCAGACCUUCGGCAUCGCCGUUCGUGACACAGGAACUGGAAAGACUUCAGUAGUCCAGCACGUUGGACGCUUGCUUGGCAGAGAGGUGUUGGUUUACAACUUCAAUGAGCAAAGCGAGAGCACUGAGCUGGUUGGUGGAUUUCGGCCUGUCGACAAUGUGAUGCAGCUUAUGUCGGAGCUAGUUGAGAGCUUCUGCUUGACCUUUGAGAAGUCUUUCUCUCGCCGAAAGAAUGCCAAGCUUUUGGAGAAGCUGCGCAGCGACUUUCUCGAUCGCCGUUGGGUGCGGGGCCCACAGGCCGAGGCCGAAAUCAGAGGGCGGCGGCCGUGCCGGCCAAGCCAAGACUGGAGCUUUCGAGAUUUGACUCAGGCAGCAGUCCUCAAUGAUGUGGGCAGCAUUGUCAGCAAGGUCACACAAGCGUCGAAGGGUGUCAAGGGAACCCAGCUGGCUUUUGAGUCGGUUCUGGACGAAAUCAACUUGGCUCCCUCCGACCUUUUGCAGCGAAUUCAGGGGCUCAUCGAGCGAGCGCAGAUGCCUCAGAUGCGAGCUCAUUUGGCCUUGCCGGAGUCUGGCAACGAGCGAGUGCUGUGGGGGCCGCAAUCGGCGCAAGUCUGCUCGUCGAUGCAAUGGACGCGGGAGGUUCGUCUGCUGCAAGCUGCUCCGGUGGUUUCGGGAGCGCAAAGUGCUCCACCUGGCGCCCGAGCUGGGCAAGCCGCAGGAAAGAAGGUGCAGACAGAGCAGGCAGCUGCUUUUGGGUCGACUUUGCAAAUUUCUUACCAGGAGUUGCCUCCUGGAAUUCGAGGGCGUUUUACUGAAAUCUUUGUUGACGAGGCAGGUUAUGGUGAUGAAGAGCUACUGGAGACGGUCGGAACUUCAGUGGUAUGCUUGGAGAGGAGUGCAGAGAGGCAAUGCCUCGCAAAGAAUGCAGACGGCGACCUCAAGUACGAGGCAGUGGCGCCUGAAGUGCAGCGCGCGCAAGAAGUCUUUGCAAACAUCCCCGAUGUUUUCGAGCUGCGAGGGCCCAUGAGGUUCAAGUCUGGCGAUCCUUUGAUCGACCUACUGCAGUGCAUGCGACAGGGGAAGAAGUUGCCAACGCCUCUUUCGCGGAAAUUCCAAGGCCGUUUUGCAAAAGACGCCGAGCCUGGUGUCCCAGACCCUCGCUUUUUCGAAGACAAGGUUCGCUACGGAUAUUGCGUGUCCAUCUAUUGGGGUUCUUUGGCACGCAUGUUGUCUCAUUGCGCUGUUCUCGAUGCUAAAGAGUUACAGGUUCCGUUGGUCGCGCUGCAAGCUGCCGAUGAACGUUGUGACCUCAAGCAAGACGGCAGAUGCCACUUCGCACCAAAGAUCUGUGACGCAGAUGUGUAUAGCGUCUUCUUGCAGAUACGAUCCCAUUUGGAAAGCACUGCAGGGCAGAUGCCACUUCGCACCUGUGACGCAGAUGAGCAUAGCAUCUUCUUGCAGAUACGAUCCCAUUUGGAAAGCGCUGCCGGGCAGAUGCCACUUCGCACCUGUGACGCAGAUGAGCAUAGCAUCUUCUUGCAGAUACGAUCCCGUUUGGAAAGCACUGCCGGGCAGAUGUGCAGUAUCUUCUUGCAGACACGAUCCAAUUUGGAAAGCGCUGCGAAGCAGAUACCAAGGAAAGAGCAGAAAGGCUUUGGCAAGUUUGAGAAGCUCAAGGCCUAUGCAGAAGCCAUUCAGGAGAAAUGGGACCUUCCGAAGAUCAAGCAGUAUGUGCUUUACGGAAUCCUGCUGUCCGACCUGGCCAUUUUUCUUCUAAUCUAUUGUCUUGUGCUCUUGAUCGCCUUGCCUCUGCAUGGCUAUGCCCGAGCGGCGCGUCUCGCUUGGUUCCAGGCAGUGUCCAACUUCACAUCCCUGAGCAUCUUCGAGGGCCUGUUGCUGGUUGGAAUUCAUUUGCUGCUCCACCAGGUACUGCUCUACUCGGAGCUGCUGCAUAGCUUUGUCCGUGGCUUGCUGAGGUACUGA